AGCGAAAAUAAUAAUAACAAAAAGAAAAAAUAAUAAUCUCAUCCAUGGCGAGUUUUUUAGGUUCAGUUGAAGAGAUGAAGAAAGUAUUCAACAAAUUCGACAAAAACGGCGACGGUAAAAUCUCUCGUGACGAAUUGAAAUCGGUGUUAACUGCUUUAGGUUCGGCGCCGUCUUCCGGCGAAGUGGAUCGGAUAAUGUCGGAGAUGGAUAAAGACGGGAAUGGCUACGUAGAUCUAGAUGAAUUCGUUGCUUUUCAACAAACGAACAUCAAUGACGACGAUGGUGAAGCACAGUGUGGUAACAAAGAGCUCAAAGACGCGUUCGAUAUGUACGAUCUGGAUAAAAACGGAUUGAUUUCGGCUAAUGAAUUGCACGCCGUGUUGAAAAGAUUAGGUGAGAAGUGUUCGUUGAGUGAUUGCCGGAGAAUGAUUAGUCAAGUUGAUAAAGACGGUGAUGGAAACGUUAAUUUCGAUGAGUUCAAGAAGAUGAUGACCAAUGCUUCAAAUUAAAAGGUUAAGUUUUUUUUUUUUUUUUCAAUUUACCUUAUGAAAGUUAAUUAGUUUAGGAACCCUAAUGAAAUUAGUAUUUGGAACUGUUAAAUGUGUGUAUGUGUAUAUAUAUAUUAUGAUUGCUCACUUACAACUUCUAUUUAAUGGCAAUGGCAAUUAGGUUUUA